AAGUGUUGUGACUUUUUAAAAUAAGAGAUAUGCCAGAUUCUAUAUUUAGUUGCAUAUUCUCUUUAGAGGAGAUGAUACUUAUUUUAAACCUCUUAUCUUUUCUGUAACUUUUAAAACUGGGCAUUAUAGUAAGAAUCCACUAGUGUGGCAAAUCUUUGCACUUUUAUGUACUUAGUUUGUGGAAAAUACUCAAAUAGAAGAUUCCCAGGUGGUUCUGAGUGACAUAAUUAAAUGAUUAGGAAUUGUUUUCAGACUGUAGAUAGGAUUAAAGAAGAUUGAGGCAAGAAGAAGAAAUUUCUUGUAUUGUUUUAUUUUGACUAAUGACAAUUCUGAAAGAAAAGUGAUAGAAAGGUUUUAAGCAAAGGAAAUUGCAUUUAUUCUCUCCCUGAAUGACUUCUUUGAAGAGGGAAAUAAUCAGUUGGGUAUAUAAAUUUUAGUAUAUUCAUUUGAAAAAUUAUUUUAACAGUAUAGUGUCGUGCCUAUAAAAUCUCUGUAGCACUGGCACUAUGGUUUUCAAGAACAUCGAAAGUGUCAUUGUCUGGACCCUGACAUUAGACAUUAUAGCUGAUAUAAUUGUGUCCUCUCUGCUUCAGAUAUAUGUGAAAGAGGGAUUCAGCAUGGAAACAUUUGAAAUUUAUAUACAGGAUUUGAUUGUGUUUCCCAUACAAUGACAUGAUAGAAAUAAGGGAUUAGGAGAUCAGUGGGGAGGCACUGUUGAUUACAAAUGGAGAAGUGUUUGCAUAAACCAGAGUUCAUGUUAUUGUUAAGACAGAAAAAAAUUACUCAUUUGUAGUAUGGAGCAGAGCUCAAAAUUUCAAUUGUAUCUGAGUCAUCUGGGAAUCUUUUGAAAAUGCAAAUUAUUAUUUAGUAAAAGUGAACGUGUUGGGAGCUUUUGCAUGUCUCCAAAGCUUAUAGGAGCUGUGCAUGGAGGUACAAGCUUGUAAUUCCAGUGACUUGGGAGGCUGAAGCAGGAGGAGUACAAAUUCAAGGUCAGCUUCAACAAGUUAGUGAGGCCCUCAGCAAUUUAGACUUUGUCUUAGAAUGAAAAUUAAAAGGGCUGGGAAUGUAGCUUAGUGGUAAGUCCCGGGUUUAAUCCCUAGUACCAAAAAAGGAAAAGACUCAUAGAUGAUGCUGAUGAUGUUUUGAAUAACAUGACUCUAGAGAAGACAUUAGUAUCAUUCCUUGAAACAGUUCUGGUAAAUUUAGCCAUCCAGGAAGAUAAGUUUCACAUCUAUCAGUAUUUGUAGAGGGCAUUACUGGUAUAUAGGUCAGUACAAUGACUGUUCAAGAGUAAUAGCCUUUAGUUUUCCUGGAAAGAAAAACAUUUGCUACAUUGUUUACUGAGUUAACCAAAUAUAUAUAAUAGUUUUACAUUUUAAAAAAAUUAUUGAUUGCUAUUUAAAAGAGCUAUCAGUUCACUAAUUUUAGAGAGUGUCAAUAGAAAUGAUCUUACGUAAACUAUUUCAAGUAGUGAAAAACUGCUUCCAUUUAAUUUUGACUUUGUUUUUUUUUUGAUUAUAGAAGUAGUGUGUUGUGAGCCAUCCAUGGGCUGUGUGUGUGAACUAUGUGCAUUUGAGCACAUGAGGGGACUGGUUUGAUGUUGCGUGCUGAUUGGGCUGUGCAACGCAAGUGUACCUUUCUUCCCUCUCUGCAUGUGGUCCCACACAACAUCUGAGAUGGGUGUGACUUGCCAAGAUGUCAAUGAGUCUACUGACCAUAAGAAAUCACCAAGCAAGAUUCCACCUUUUGAAACCCCAUCUCUUGCCUUAUUUGGGUAGAAUAUUCUAUUGAAUGUCUUUUCCCCAAUAAAAACGGGAGUUUCAGGUGUGCACUCACUUCUUCUCUCUUGCUUUUUCCAGCGCUGCCCAGUGUGCAGCUGACCCAUGGGGACACAGAGCAGUCCCACCCUUGAAACACAGUUUUGAGGUUUUGUUGAAGAUUUUCCUAAAGAAUUAUCUGAAAUUGCCACAUAGCAGAAAUGGUUCAGCUGACAGGUACUCCUCUAAGUGCACUUGUUGAUGAGCCGGUGCGUAUCCGGAUUACAGGCCUGACUCCUUUUCAGAUUGUGACUCUUCAGGCAUCACUGAAAGAUGAGAAGGAGAACAUGUUUUAUUCUCAUGCCUACUAUAGGGCCAAUAAAGUUGGUGAGGUGGACUUGGAACAUGAUUCUGCGCUUGGAGGUGACUAUGUGGGAGUCCAUCCUAUGGGUCUCUUCUGGUCCUUGAAACCUGAAAAGCUAUCAACUAGACUAUUGAAAAGAGAUGUGAUGAAUAGCCCUUUCCAGGUCCAAAUAAAACUUUGUGACCUAAUGUUACCACUAGAAAAUCAAGUUACUAGUACCUCAAAGGUCAGCCUUACUUUGGAAAGGUGGUAUGUGGCACCUGGUGUCACACGGAUCCAGGUGGAGGAAGGCCGACUUCGAGGAGCCCUCUUUCUACCUUCUGGAGAGGGCCCUUUCCCAGGAGUAAUUGAUUUGUUUGGAGGUUUUGGUGGACUAUUGGAACACCGGUCCAGUCUCCUUGCCAGUCGUGGCUUUGCCUCAUUGGCCUUGGCUUACUGGGGCUAUAAAGACCUGCCUUCCCAACUACAGAAAAUAGAUUUAGAGUAUUUUGAAGAAGCUUCCAACUUUCUCCUGAGACAUCCUAAGGGCAGGAAACUCCACUUGGCCUCCACUUGCCUGCUGCCCAUGUUCCAGCUAACAGCCACUCCGCAAAAUGGCCUUGCAGAUGAGCCAGUGCACAUCCAAGUGACAGGCUUGCCCCCAUCCCAGAUGGUGACCCUCAAGGCCUCCCUGAAGGAUGAGAAGGGGAAUCUGUUCCGGUCCAAAGCCUUCUAUAGGGCUAAUGAAGCUGGAGAGGUAGACGUGGAGCGACAUCCCUCAUUAGGGGGUGAUUAUAUAGGGGUCCAUGCUAUGGGCCUCUUCUGGUCUCUGAAGCCUGAAAAGGCUUUCCGGAGGCUGCUCAAGAGGGAUGUGAUAAAUGAUCCCUUUAGGGUCACUCUGGACCUAUAUGACUCUGUUUGCUUGCAAGAUUCAACCACAGCUCAGCCCAGGGCCAGCCAGAUGGUGCAGCGCUGGUUCUCGGGCCCUGGGGUGCAGCGGAAGCAAAUCAGAGAAGGUCGUGUGAGAGGAGCUCUUUUUCUCCCUCCAGGAGAAGGCCCUUUCCCAGGAAUCAUUGAUUUGUUUGGGAACAUUGGGGGUCUAGUUGAAUUUCGGGCCAGUCUUCUGGCUACCCAUGGCUUUGCAGUAUUGGCACUGGCAUAUUUUGCCUAUGAAGACCUGCCUGAGAAACUGCUGGAGUUGGACUUGGAAUAUUUUGAAGAAGCUGCCAACUUUCUACUAGCUCAUCCCAAGAUCCAAAGGCCAGGAAUUGGUGUGAUCUCCGUAUCCAAAGGUGCAGAGGUUGCGCUGGCCAUGGCCUGCUAUCUGAAGCAGGUGGUAGCCACCGUCUGCAUCAAUGGGCCCAACGCUGUCUUGGAUAUCCCGCUCAGAUACAGGGAUCUUCUUCUAAUGCCCAUGCACUACCAUAGGGAGCACAUCCAGACCCAUGUCUCUGGGGCUGUGCGCUUCCGCAAUGGGAAUAGAGACCCCUGGAAUGAGCUGAACCAGCAGAGUGUGCUUCCUGUGGAAAAGGCCCAAGGUUGCAUCCUCUUCAUCGUAGGAGAGAAUGAUGAAUGCUUGGAUAGCCGAGCACAUGCGGAGCAGGCCAUGGAGCAGCUGAAGAGCCACGGCAGAAGCACUGGAAAGAUGCUGGUGUACCCUGGGGCAGGCCACCUCAUAGAGCCGCCCUAUGCUCCCUUGUGCUUUGCAUCCUGGAGUACAGCGCUCCCCUGUCCUGUGCUCUGGGGAGGAGAUCCUGUUGCCCAUGCUGCAGCUCAGGAGCAUUCCUGGGGAGAGAUACAGAAAUUCUUCAGGCAACACUUCAGAGGGACCAGAGGCAAACUCUAAAUAAAAGCUUCGGGAAGAUGGGGUGGGGAGAAGAGGCUGGAAUGGGGGAAGGCCAGGGACAGAAUGGGAGAAGACAGGGAAGGGGGAUUCUUCUGGUUUCUCUACAUUUACAGCCAUAUUGAAUCAACUGGAUGGAAAUUGAACAAAAAUCAAAGACCAGGACACAUGAAUCUGAGAAGUUUAAAUGUGCUUUGAAUGUUUGUAAAUUGAAUCCCAGUUUGUAUUGUGAUACUUUUGCAAAUUGAAUAAUUUUUAUCUACAUGCCCUCCCACCCCACUUAGGGAUGGCUUAUAUCCAGGCAUUGCUAAUCUUUAUGUAUUCCCUGAAAUUUUCUGUAAUUCCUGUUACUAGCAGGAAUACAAUUUGUAUUUAAACAA